UUGGUAUAUGUUUCCUGGAAGUCAUUUCAGGGACAGUACGUUGUUGUUUUUCUUUUCCGCGGCAACAGAGUGAAGGGUCGUGUCUAUGUGUACGAUCUUCGCCUAAAGGAAACGUGGCCUUAGCGGCAGGAGAAGAAGAAGAAAAGCUCUUCCAUGAAUGAUUUCACACUCGUCCUCUCGCCUUCCGCCAGCAGUAGACCUGACAACCGCACGCUGCCAACGCCACCCGCGGUCCCCUGAAGAGCCAUGUCUGAGGUGGGACAACCCCCGGCCUUGGCCCCGGAGGAGGCCGCCGCUGCGGUGGUCCCGGACGCCCUGAACGCCACCGACGUUCUCAACGCGACGGCCAAGUUUGUGGCCACCCCGGAGGGCACCGCGCUGGCGUACGGCAGCCUGGUGCUCAUGGCGCUGGUGCCCAUCUUUUUCGGAGCCCUGCGCUCGGUGGCCUGCUCCAAGUCCAAGGAGCUCGGAGACCAAGGGUACGAUUCAGGCUACAGAAAUGCCUCGGACAUGCCGGAGACCAUCACCAGCAGAGACGCCGCCCGCUUCCCCAUCAUCGCCAGCUGUACUCUCUUCGGACUCUACCUCUUCUUCAAGGUGUUUUCUCAAGAGUACAUCAACUUGUUGCUGUCCGUCUACUUCUUCGCGCUGGGCGUGCUGGCUCUGUCGCACACUCUGAGUCCUCUGCUGUCCAGAGUCUUUCCGGCGUCCCUGCCGAUCAAACAGUACCAGCUGCUCUUCACGCAGGGCACCGGCGAGGCCAAAGAAGAAAUCAUCAACUACGAGUUCGACACCAACAACCUGGUGUGCCUGGUGGGCAGCAGCGUGGUGGGCGUCUGGUACGUGCUGAAAAAGCACUGGAUCGCCAACAACCUCUUCGGCCUGGCCUUCGCACUCAACGGCGUGGAGCUUCUCCACCUGAACAACGUCAGUACCGGCUGCAUCCUGCUUGGGGGGCUGUUUGUCUACGACGUCUUCUGGGUGUUUGGGACCAACGUCAUGGUCACCGUGGCGAGGUCCUUCGAGGCGCCAAUCAAACUGGUCUUUCCUCAGGACUUGUUGGAAAAAGGUUUGAGCGCCAACAACUUUGCCAUGCUGGGUCUUGGCGACAUCGUCAUCCCCGGAAUCUUCAUCGCGCUGCUGCUGCGCUUUGACGUCAGCCUGAAGAAGAACAGCAGGACCUACUUCUACUCCAGUUUCCUGGCCUACAUCUUCGGACUGGGCCUCACCAUCUUCGUCAUGCACACCUUUAAACACGCGCAGCCCGCUCUGCUCUACCUGGUGCCCGCCUGUGUCGGCUUCCCGGUGGUGGUGGCGCUCAUCAAGGGCGAGGUCAUGGAGAUGUUCAGGUACGAGGAGGCCUCCGCGGAUGAGGCGCUAGCCAAAGACGACUCAUCAGAAUCGGUGAAGAAGGACCAAUAGCCACGCCCCCAUCCCCCCCUCCCCCGCCACAUCUCAUCCAGCCGCUUCCUCACGCAUUUGUCAUCCUGCUACUUUAUUGGUGGACUGUCUGCAGAGGUGGGCGGGACAAUGGGAAGGCCCCCCCCCCACCUUUGCCUGUCUCCUCCAAUAAGCUGUAUAAUGAGCAGAGGGGGGCGUGGCCUCCUCAUUUGGCUUUUUUUUUUUUUUUUUUUUUAAAUGAUUGGAGUUUAAAGUUGAAAUCCCAGUUGUUGUUUUUUUUGGUCUUCGGAUAAAGCUCGCCAGUCAAUAUUUAGUCUUUUGUUGUUGUUUUUUUGGUCAGUAUUUUUGGACUUUUUUUGUGCCUUUUUCAACCGAGCGCCCGUUUAUACUCUUGCCACAAAGUGAGCCGUGGUCCCCAAAAGAGGAAUUAAAUAUUUAUGAUCAGGCAUGAAUCUGACAGGGCUAAUCAAGCAUUUUAGGACCCCCACUUCCCAUAAUGCACCGCCCCUCAACACUUGUAGCGCACCUCGUCCGUCUUUGCCGAUAUAGUUUUUUUUACGAAUGUCCCAGGAGGAAAAAAAAAUGGGAGUUUCAGAAUAAAAGCUCCCAUUUUGGUUAUUUAACAUCUUUUUUUUUUUUUUUUUUUUGGGAAGCGGUUAUUGUUUGGAAUGUUGCCUGUUUGAUAUAUUUGGACUUCUUUGUCACCUCGUGUUUGAUGUCAUUGGUGUUUGACUUUUGUUUGCUAUUUCGAUGUUAAAGAGAAGGAAAAUAACACAAAAAUAUUAAAAUGUGAUACUUUGUUGGA